AUGAAAUUCCAAACUAUCGUUUCCUCCGCACUUCUCCUUGCCGGUGUCUGUGCCAAGCCAAUUAUCACCGAAGUCAUCGUGAACACGAUCGAAGUGGUCACAACAGCGACUUCGACCGUCACGCAAGUGGUCCAGACAACAACCCUCAGUGACUACCAGUUCGCCUAA